CCCCCCCCCCCCCACCUCACCUCACCAGGGCUUCUCCGCCUCGUUCCCCACGCAACCGCGACCUUCCGGUCCAUUCCUUUACCCCGUAGCCGACUAGCCCAAUCGCGGCUGGACUCGCCUCUGGGAGUUGGAUUGGCGGAUGGUUGCGAACCAGGAGGCGGCGGCCACAGAAUCAGCGCCGGCGGCGACGGUGGACGCGAUGCGGCUGGCGUCGCGGUGGCGGUCCCCGGCGGAGUGGGAGGCCGCGGCGGCGGCGCUGGAGGCCGAGCCCUUGCCGUCCCAGCUCAACACCGACAACAGCUCGGGCCUCUUCGCGGUCGUGUCCAUCGACAAGAUGUCCGUCAAGUACCUUGGCGUCAACCACCACGGCCAUGAUGUCGGGGUCGUGCAGGCCGACUGCCCGGCCCCCACCCACCGAGCCGUCUACUACUUCGAGAUGACCGUGGUGAACGCUGGCCUCAAGGGGCAGACCUCCAUUGGGUUCACCACCGAGAGCUUCAAGAUGCGGCGCCAACCUGGCUGGGAAUCUCAAAGUUGUGGAUACCAUGGCGAUGAUGGCUAUCUUUACCGGGGUCCAGGGAAAAGCGAGUCUUUUGGUCCCAAAUUCACAUCUAGUGACAUAAUUGGUGCUGGCAUCAACUACAUAUCACAAGAAUUUUUCCUCACAAAAAAUGGAUCUCUGGUUGGAGGAUUUCCAAAAGAUAUUAAAGGCCCACUAUAUCCUACUGUUGCAGUUCAUAGCCCGGGUGAAGAAUUGACAGUAAACUUUGGAAAAGAACAGUUCUGUUUUGACAUUGAGGGUUAUAUUCUCGAGGAGAAAAUGAAGCAACAAUCAGUUAGUGACAAAUUGUACUUGCAACCAGACAUCAGUCACUGGAUUGUUCGUUCAUAUCUCCUACAUUAUGGCUACCAAGAUACACUAAAUUCUCUUGAUAUGGCAAGUGAAACUGAUCCUCCGGCCAAUCACCAAAAUGGUUAUGGGGAACCGCCUGAAAUGUACGGUCUUAGCCACAGAAAAAUGUUGCGUCAGCUUAUCAUGAAUGGGGAUAUCGAUUCUGCAUUCAAAAGACUAGAAGAGUGGUAUCCACAGGUCAUAAAGGACAAAACAUCAGUUAUUUGCUUCUUACUCCAUUCUCAAAGAUUCAUUGAAUACAUCAGGGCUGAGCACCUGGAGGAUGCUGUAAAAUACGCUCGUGCUAACCUCGCCAACUUCUUGACACACAAAGCUUUUGAGGGGUUGCUGAAGGAGAGUGUGGCCCUGCUUGCUUAUGAGAAGCCUUCUGAAUCUUGCAUUGGAUAUUUGCUGGACUCUCCGCAGCGUGAAUUUGUAGCAGAUGCAGUGAAUGCUGCCGUCCUGUCGACGAAUCCCAGCAUGAAGGACCCUGAGAGCUGCCUUUACUCGUGCCUCGAGAAGUUACUGAGGCAGCUCACGGUAUGCAGCUCUGAGCUACGCGUGUUCAACAACGAUCAAGGGGAUGCGUUCCUACUUCAUAAAGAAGUGCAGACCUGCGAAAGAUCCAGGCGUUCCUAGGCACAUCAAAUUGGGCAUCUGAGCAGUGAACUCCAAAUUGAAUUCCCCGUCCUUCUUGGAGUUGGAAGCAAAGAAGGAUCGCCUGGAAUGGUACGGUGGACAAUGCCAUGAGCAAACACACGUUCUUCCCUUGAGGUCCUGCAGCAUUCCCCGAACCUCCAUGAGGUGGACGGGAUUUCACACAGCCACUGUAGCUGAAACAUUUGUGCUUCCAGGAGUUCCUCCCGUGUAAUCAGAAAACUUAGAUUGACACAUGGUCUUAAACCCCCCCAGUGUUUCAAAAACUCUGGUGGCUAUGUGCAGUUAGACACUGAAUGUUCAGAUAAAGAACUUGAAUAAUACUGUAAAUGAAAUCAGAUUAGCCUGUACCUUAGUUGUCCUGCAAAUUCCUGUAACAAGUUUCAAGUAUCGCCGGCGCUUUUCUGCCAUUUCAUGGCCUAAAGUGCAUGGCAAAAAAUAAAUUGACGCUGUACUGCUCCCUUUGAUCCUAAAUUCUUGUCGUGGUUUUGGUUCAAAUUGGAACUAAAACCAUAACGAGAAUUUAUGAUCCGAGGUAGUACAUGUUUAGCCAAAAAUAA